UAAUGACAGAUGACAGCUAUUUGUAGAAAGUAAACAAAUCAGCUUUUUAUGUUUAUUAAUCUGGACCCCAUAUUUCCUAUGAAAUUUCUAGUCUUAUUCGACAAAUUAUCGAGAUAAUGAGUAAUACGGAUCUGUCUGCGGUCAUGGAAAACGCCACAGAACUCCAAGAGUUGCACAAUGCCUCCCUGUACACCCAAACUGAUGGCAAGACCCAGACAGAAGAUACAGCUCUUGAAGACCAUAGUACUCUAAUCACUAUUAGCGAAGAAAACAUAGAAAGUAGCCCUACAGAUACCGUUGCUCUAUGUGAGACUCUUUAUGAAGGAGAACAUUCUGGAGAAUACUCUUCUGUACACAUAGAAGGGACUGAUGGGGAGUAUUAUGUAGUUAAGCAGGAACCUUCUGAAACCUCUAUAUUAGAGGGCCUUCCGAAUGAUGCUCUGGUCUUUUGUUGCCAACCAGAGUCUGAUAAUUUAAUAAAUAUGUUUCCCUGUAAAUUGUGUGGAAGAGUAACCGGAUGCAUAUUCUGCCUCAAAUCACACUAUGAGAGCAUCCAUUUGAACUUGGGUUUGAUUCAAUACAAGUGCAAUCAGAUGACAUAUAUGAGAAAUUACACAGAAAUAUGCCAUAAAUGUAAUUUAGUGUGUGAAAGUCGCCAGGAGAUGUUUGACCAUAGGAAAAUUCAUUUUGUCACUUGUGAGGUGUGCGAUAUGUCUUUUGAUAAUGCUCUAUUUUUGUCCAAUCAUUGUAAGACAUUCCAUCAAAAGUUUGAGGUUAUCAUCAGCUGUGAUCUCUGUGAACAGUGGUUCAAGCAACUCCAAGACCUCUCCACCCAUUACCAAACCUAUCACGAAAUGAUCUUGUGUAUAGUUUGUUUUAAAAGAUUCUCGGCAAUCUCAGAACUGACCGAACAUCACAAAACUCACAAAAUUGUACUGACCGAUGAUGUAAACCCAAUGUACCCCUAUGCCUGUUCGAAAUGCAACCAGGCAUUUUCACAAAUUUGUGAACUCAGUGUGCAUUUGGUGAGGGACCAUCCGAAAAAUAAAGUGGCUCCUGGAAAUGUGGUCAAAAAAGAUCAACCGGUAAAUGUUAAUGUGAAAAGGAGAAAGAAAAAAGACAGUGUGGUUCAGUUUGACGAUUGUGGAGGUCUUAGGGAGUGCGAGGGGGCAAACCCGAGUCCAAACUUAGUAAAAAAAGCUGUUAAAAAGAAGAAGAGGUAAUUUGCCACUGAUGGUGAAUUUAAUUAAUUAUAAAUAUUGUACAUUUUCUUAGGUUAAGUAGAGUGAUGUUGUUUUUUGUUACUAAUUGUUUUUUUUUGUAUAUUAUGCUUUAAAAGUUAGCAGACCAAGCAGGCCAUUUUAUUAAAAUUCACAAGUUUUAAGAUGGUCCAUUUUUAACAGAAAAUAAAAUUUUCAAAAGAAUAA